AUGCCUCAAGCGCAACCCGAACUCAAGAAGUAUAUGGAAAAGCGGCUGUUCGUGCAGCUGAACGGCAACCGGAAAGUCAUCGGCAUCCUGCGCGGCUACGAUGUAUUCUUGAACAUCGUGCUCGACGAAGCAGUUGAGGAAAAACCAGGUGGCGAGCGAGAGAGGCUGGGCAUGGUUGUGAUCCGAGGCAACUCAGUCGUCAUGCUCGAAGCGCUGGAGCGCAUGGGCGAUGAUCGUCGAUGA